CGCAUUACGCACUGGUAACAAAAAAUAAAUCAAUAGAACAUAACAUGCGCGGUACGCUGUAGUGUCUGUCUUGGGCUAUGUCCAAACAAUGUUUGUGAUUCUUACUGGCAAUGUUUUAGUGGUACAAUAAUACAAAUGUUCGGUAGUACAAAGAAAUGUAAUCUCUCACACAAAAUGAUGAUUCGCCUCAAUAAUUUUUUGUAUGUUUUUAAUUUACGUCAAGGCACAAUUCUUAUUGCCGUCCAUCAAAUCGCGCUAUCAUCUUUCAUAUUAAUCAUAUUGCUAGUCGGGAUAUCUCAUGUCGGGGAGAUGUUGUCAAUGUUACACAACGACAUGAUAGACGAUGCUGACAGGCGCGGGCUCUACGACGCGACCUACGGAGAACACCUCACCUAUCACAACGGAGAUGUGAUCACCACCAACAAUCAACGUAGAUUUGCUAAAGCACAGCACUUAGCGUCAGUGACGGUAAUAUUUCUCUAUACAAGCACAAUUCUGACGUCCAUAUACUUGAUGUGCUGUAUCUCGCUGCUGCACGGGGCAGUGAAGUAUAAGCGCGAGUAUGUGCUGCCGUGGAUCAUGGCCGCCUGUGUCGGUGUGGUGCUGCUCAUCGUCGCUAUUGUAGUAGGAGAUGGUUAUCCAUGUAUUGUCAACCAUUUCGGAGGUCACAAUCUAUACCAUUUCGGAUGUGCGCUGUUCGUGUUAACGUUUAUCUACGCUAUUUGCGCUGUUAGCAGCUUCGCCCUCGAGACUGGCAGCGGCCGCUGCGCCCGCUCGGUCCGCGCCGCCAGCGACGAGCGCGGCGAACGCCUCUUGCUGCUGGACCACGUCGCGCACUCCAGCCUGCUGUCUGCCGCACAACUCAACAAACUAUCUAGUGGCACACGCACACAGUUCGUAUAGAUUACCGCUGCAUUUAUCCAUAUGGCUGAAAGUUGAAACUACUUUACCAAUAGUUGCGCACCCCGCUAAGUCUAGUAACCAAAACGAAAUACCAAAACCUACUUCUAAGUAUAUUUGUUAUGGCUGUAGAGAAGUUUAUGAAUGUUUUGAUAUAUUUUUUUAGGGUUUAUUGCUUGUGUACUUUGUAUUUUAUGUAAAAUAGUUGAUGAGGUUUUGUUCGUAAACUCUUCUUUAUAUUAAGUAAUUUUAAUAAUACCAUGAGGUAGUUGUGUUAACGCACAAAUAAAGUUUUUUGGCUUAACAGUUCAAAAGAUUUAUUAAUGUAAGGACACGGGCUUAAUGGGCAUUUACAAUGAAAGUAUUUUAUUUGCAAGGAAUAAUGUAAAACUUUUUUCAUUGCUGAACAUUACAACAAGGGAAAAAUUAUAAAUUUUUCUGAAUGCAUCUGUUUUCGUCCGAAAAUUAGUACAUUAAGUAACUUGCUUAGAUACUGUUGUGUACUAAUGUAUUUGAAGUACACUUUGUGAUAUUAUUUUAUAUAAUGGAAAAAAAUAAUUAUUUCUACUAAAAUUACUGUUGGUACAAAAUAAAUAGUCAAAAUUAUAACUUCAGAGGUUAAUGGUUUGUUGAUUUUAUUCAAUUGACAAUAUAAAACAAAUUUAACAUUGUUUAAAAUAUAAAAAUCUUAAGUAUUUUAAAAACAGUAGAAUUCUAGAAGCUGUACUGUAUCUAAAGCAUUAUUCUAUUAAAAUACUUCAGAAAAUAUGCUAUAUUGAAAAUAAAAUAAUCUUUUAAUAAA